AUGGAAGUUCAGGAGAAAUCUCGGGAACAUGGCCUUGCUCGUAUAGUUGAUGAUACCGGUAAUGCAUUUGCAAUCGGAGCUAUUGGAGGUUCUGCAUUUCAUUUCAUUAAAGGGUCACGCAACUCCCCAAGUGGUCGCCGUUUGGUUGGAGGAGCGCAAGCGGUGAGCAUGAAUGCUGCUCGUUUGGGAGGCAGUUUUGGUUCAUACGGAGCCUUAUUCUCGGCAUUUGAGUACACAACGAUCCGCAUCAGGAACAAGGAAGAUCGAUGGAACGCGAUCAUAGCAGGUACUGCAACAGGAGGGUUACUGUCAAUUCGACAGGGAAUUGCUGCAGCUUCAACAUCAGCGAUUUUAGGAGGUGUUUUGCUUGCUCUGCUCAGAAGGAAUGCGUAA